AUGUACAUCCUUUUGCUUGCCGCAGCAUUCUUUGCAUAUUUGGUUUUGCUGGCGGUCUAUAGGCUUUAUUGCAGUCCCAUCGCCAAAUUUCCGGGCCCAAAGCUUGCCGCACUCACUCGGUGGUAUGAGUUCUACUACGACGUCAUCCUCCGUGGUCAAUUCACUUUCCACAUCGCCGAGCUGCAUAAGAAUUAUGGGCCUAUUGUGAGAAUCAACCCGUACGAGCUCCAUGUCUCCGACUCCGAAUUCUGGGAUACCCUUUACGGGCCUGGCAGAGUCGAUAAAUACCAUUACUUCAGCAAUCGGCUCAACAUCCCUCGUUCCAUCUUUUCCACACCAGAUUACAAUCUUCACAAACUUCGCAAGGCGCCACUCCUUCCGCUCUUCUCCAAGAAGCGAAUCUCGGAUUUUCAACCAGUCAUCCGAGAGAAGCUCGACAUCCUCUGUAGUAAGAUCGACAAGUACGUCGCCGGUGGUGGUCCGUUCGCCAUCAAUCGAGCUCUGACUGCUUUCUCCGGAGAUGUCAUCACUACCUAUGUCUUUGGUCAAUCCUACCGACAUCUCGAAUCCCCAGAUUUUAAGGAGACGUUCCAUGAGCCAUUCAUGGCAGCCUCCGAGGUAGGUCAUGUGGCUCUGCAAUUCAAAUGGCUAUACCCCUUGAUGAACUCCCUUCCAGAAUGGCUUGUUCUCAAAAUGCAGCCACAAAUAUUCCUCGUCCUACAGCUUGCCAAGGACUUCGACGUCAAACUCAAAGCGAUAUUAUCGAGCACAGCGAAAGAGAACCCCGACCAUCCCACGAUCCUAUACGAACUUCUUCGCAGCGACUUGCCUCCCCGAGAGAAGCAAAUCGACCGUCUGAACGAAGAAGCCCAACUCCUCGUCGCCGCUGGCCUGACCACCUCUUCGUGGGCCAUGUCCGUGAUCGCAUUCCACCUCAUCCGGUCGCGCUCCGACUACGAGCAGCUUCGAGCAGAACUGAUCGCGGCGCUUCCUCGCACGUCUGACGCUAGCACGUUCAACUGGUGGGAUGUUGAGAGGUUGCCGUAUCUGAACGCCUGCGCGCGUGAAGGUCUCCGUCUCUCCUACGGCGUUACAGCGCGCAGCCCCCGUCUCUGGGACAAGCCGCUUCAGUAUCAAGGCUGGACCAUCCCCGCGCGGACGCCGGUGAGCUUGACGAUCGUCGACCACAACCACAAUGAAGCGAUCUUCCCGGACAGCUACGCGUUCAAGCCGGAGCGCUGGCUCACCCGGGACGUGCAGGGACAAUGGCAGUUGGAUAAGAAUAUGGAUCGGUGGUUUUUUCCGUUCGGCAAGGGGAGCAGGUCGUGUCUGGGCGUGAAUCUCGCAACGGCGGAGAUUCAUCUUGGUCUGGCGACACUCUUUCGCAAGUAUGAUUUUGAACUGUUCGAGACAGAUGUAUCAGACGUGAAGCUUGCACACGACUUCUUCCUCCCAAGUGCACGUCUGGAUUCAAAGGGAGUUAGGGUGACCGUGAAAGAAGCCGAGAAGUAG